AUGAAUGGUCAAAAUGUCUGGAUCUACGGCAACUAUCUGACCGAGUCUCCUUAUCCCCAUAGCACCGUCCAGGUCAUGUUUGGUGAUGACUCAAUCUACUGGAUCUCAGUCCAUCUGUUGGAUAGGGGUGUCGUGAAGCUCAACUGGCUGAACGAAACACAGACGGACGCCUUCAUCCGCUAUCUCCGCAACGGAAAAUGGCAGAGACGUAAGUCAGACGGCUUGAACGGAUCGCUGGAAUCCUACAAUGGGAUGCAGCACUGUCUGUCGGCCCACGGUCUCGCUUUGGAGUACGAAAUGGACGAACUCGCUAGACUUACCUUUGUCGACUUCACCAAGAUGGCUGAUCGACUCUCAAUCUUCGAGCUCAUGAAGAUGCUCAAAGAUGCUGACUGGACACUUCACAGCAACCAGACUGCAUUGGCUGACUACUUCACCCAACGAGUUGCCAUGAGCGAAGAGACCAUCACCGAGGACCAGAUCACCAUUUUCAGAAGCGGAAAUAGCGCCAGACGAACUUUCGCCAACGUCGCCCUCGUGGGAAUGAUCGAGAUGAAGCACAAGCUCCAGCAGUAUGAAGAGAAGUACGGACCUUUGGAGACUGGGGAAGACUCUGUAAAGACAGAGGGCGGGCCCUUGGAGUAA